AUGACGUCACAACAAGCCCCGCCCCCGUCAGGCUCCGCCCCUGGCGUUGCCGGGACGCGCAGGCGCAGCUCAGUCCUGUUCUGGACGCGGAGCGGAGCGGACGGCGAAGGCGAGGGGAGGAGUCAGUGGGCCGAGCCGAGCGCGAGCGACCGCAGCGAAGGGCGGGACUUGAGGAGGAGGCGCGGGAAGCGUGUGUGGUGGUGGAGAGGGAGAGGCCGAGAGACCGGCGCGACCUCGAGGCGGUGGCACGUGCGGCGACACGCCAUGGCGGGCACGGCGAAGCCGAGGGAGCUGCUGAAAGCGCGGCGGGACGCGGGCGAGGCCGGGGCGCUGGGCCGGCUGCUGAGCACCUCGGCCACGAAGGUGCUGCUGCACAAGAUCGAGUUCCAGCCCGCCAGCCACGGCUUCUCCGGCCAGCCGGAGCUGCUGCGGGCCAAGUACCUGCUGCUCAACCCCCGCACCGAGCCCGCCAAGCACCCCCGCAGCGCUGAGGAGGGACAGCCGGGCAAGCAGGGCAGCGACCGGACCCCGGGGCGCCUCGGGGACGGCGUCCCUGCGCCCCAGAAGGGGCUGUUCCCUGCAGGGCGCCUCGCCAUGCAGUGGCAGCGUGUCCAGCGCAUCGGCGCCGGGCUGCUCAACCUGGGAAACACCUGUUUCCUCAACGCCACCCUGCAGUGCCUCACGUACACGCCACCGCUCGCCAACUACCUGCUGUCCAGGGAGCACAGCCGCACCUGUCACCAAAGCGGCUUCUGCAUGAUGUGCGUCAUGCAGAACCACGUCACGCAGGCGUUCGCGAACAGCGGCAGCGUGAUAAAGCCAGUGUCCUUUGUCCGAGACCUCAAGAAGAUCGCCCCGCACAUCCGCUUCGGCAGGCAAGAGGACGCACACGAGUUCCUCCGUUUCACCAUCGAUGCCAUGCAGAAGGCCUGCCUGCCCGACUGCACCGAGUUGGAUCGCCAGACCCAAGCCACCACCCUGAUCCACCAGAUCUUUGGCGGUUCCCUGCGGUCCCGUGUGAAGUGCUCGAUGUGCAAAGCAGUCUCGGACACCUUUGACCCCUGUCUGGACCUGCCGGUGGAGAUCACGCAAGCCGCAAACGUAGAGCAGGCACUGGAGCUGUUUGUGAAGCCAGACCUGCUGGGCGGAGAGAACGCCUACCUGUGUGACAAAUGCAAGAAGAAAGUGUCGGCAACCAAACGCUUCACCAUCCACCGAGCGCCCAAGGUUCUCACGCUUGCUCUGAAGCGUUUUGCCGACUUCACCGGAGGCAAGAUCACAAAGGACGUGGGCUACCCUGAGCUCCUGAACAUCCGCCCGUACAUGUCCCAGACCAGCGGGGAUCCGGUCAUGUACGGGCUCUACGCGGUGCUGGUGCACUCGGGGUACAGCAGCCACGCAGGACACUACUACUGCUACGUGAAGGCCAGCGACGGGCAGUGGUACCAAAUGAAUGACAACGUGGUCCGCCCCAGUAACAUCAAGGUGGUCCUUAACCAGCAGGCGUAUGUGCUGUUCUACCUCAGGUGA